GUGAUUGGAUAAUAAAAGGCAGUAAUGGUAUUUAUUCAAAGACAGGUCAUUACAGGACACAGAACACACUGAACAGACGUGGAAGAGCUUCUUAAAUCAGAAAGAAACUUCCAAGCCUAGUUUGCCAAAGGAAAAUGGGCACCAAGGGCAAAGUUAUUAAAUGCAAAGCAGCCGUUGCCUGGGAAACAGGCAAGCCUCUUUGCAUAGAAGAGGUUGAGGUAGCUCCCCCCAAGGCUCAUGAAGUUCGUGUGCAAAUAAUCGCCACUGCCCUGUGCCAUACUGAUGCCCAUCCUAUCAAUCCUAAAUUUAAAGAUGGCCUUCUUCCAGUGAUCCUUGGCCAUGAGGGUGCCGGAAUUGUGGAAAGUGUGGGGCCAGGAGUGACCAACUUCAAACCAGGUGACAAAGUAAUUCCACUCUACAUGCCUCAAUGUAGAAAAUGCAAGUUCUGUCUGAGUCCACUCACAAAUUUCUGUACAAAACUCAGUCUUGACAAAAACCCCCUUAUUGAUCAAGAACUAAUGCAAGACAAAACCAGCAGGUUCACCUGCAAAGGAAAACCGAUUUACCAUUUCAUGGGGACCAGUACCUUCGCUCAGUACACUGUAGUAUCAGAUAUAAAUCUUGCCAAAAUCGAUGAUGAUGCAAAUUUAGAGAGAGUUUGUCUGUUUGGAUGUGGGUUUUCAACUGGCUAUGGAGCUGCAAUCAACACAGCCAAGGUCACCCCUGGUUCUACUUGUGCUGUCUUUGGCCUAGGAGGAGUUGGUCUUUCUGCUAUAAUGGGUUGUAAAGUAGCAGGAGCUUCCAGAAUCAUAGCUAUUGACAUCAACAGUGAGAAGUUUACGAAGGCCAAAGCCCUUGGAGCCACUGACUGCCUCAAUCCUAGAAACCUAGAUAAACCCAUCCAGGAGGUCAUCAUUGAAAUGACCGGUGGAGGUGUCGAUUUUGCCCUUGACUGUGCAGGUGGACCUGAAACCAUGAGAGCAGCCCUGGACAGUACAACAGCAGGUUGGGGGUCAUGUACUUUCAUUGGAGUAGACUCUGAAAUGAGAGGACUGAUGAUAUCUCCAGUGGAGCUAAUAAUGGGCCGUACCAUAAAUGGAACAUGCUUUGGUGGUUGGAAAAGCAUUGAUUCUAUCCCAAAGCUGGUUACUGACUACAAGAAGAAGAAAAUUGAUCUGGAUAUAUUGGUGACUCACACCCUGCCUUUUGACAAAAUCAAUGAGGCAUUUGAACUAAUGAACCAAGGCAAAAGCAUUCGAAUAGUCCUGACCUUCUGAAGAUGCACAGGAACAAUCUGGAAAUCUACCUGACUGAUUCUGAAUGGCUCCAGUUGAUUUGUAGCCUAUAAUAAGGAAACAAAGAUUGCCACGAAUCUAAACAACUAUUUGUAGCUAUAUAACUAUUUAACAUCAAAUAGUUAUAAACAUCAUAGUAUCUGUAUCCAUAAAGCAUGUUAAUAUUUCCUAUUUAGUAAGUAUGAUAACUGAUGUGUUUAUGAACAGAAUUAUGAGAAUUGUUUAAAACUAGUUCUGCAGGGGCGCCUGGGUGGCUCAGUCAUUAAGAGUCUGCCUUCGGCUCAGGUCAUGAUCCCGGGGUUCUGGGACUGAGCCCCACAUUCAGUUUCCUUCUUGGCGGGAAGCCUGUUUCUCCUGCUACUUGUGCUCCCUCUCUUGCUGUGUCUCUCUCUGUCAAAUAAAUAAAUAAAGUCUUUAAAAAAUAAAUAAAUAAAACUAGUUCUGCAGAGGUGGGAGUGAAGAAUGAAGAGUGAUAAUUAAAGCUAGAUUGGCUAUAUGUUUAUAAUUUUUUAGGAUGGGUGAUAAAUAUAUGGGGUUUCCUUACACUGUUCUCUCUACUUUGUUUAUGUUAAAAAUUUCCAUAAUAAAAUAAUUCUUACUAGAAAAAAUUACUAUUAUAGAUGUGUACAUAAGAUACAUAUAUCUUAAAAUAUGUCAUGUAUAUAAAAUGCUAUUACAUAAUUUCUGGGUUUCAAUAAACUGCAAGCUCAUCUUUAAUAAGUUGUUAAGUAAUUUCCUUUUUAACAUCUGGUAUUUUCUAUUCUCUCAGCCCUACUUUACUGCUAUGAACUAUAAUUACAAGUAGUGGGAUAUCAGAAGGUAUAUAAAUGAGUAUAGGUGUAUAAAAAAUGAAGAUUUUUGAAAAGAAAAAACACAUCUAUACUCUCCAAUUUCUAUCUUUAUUAAUUGCCCCUUUCACCUUUGAUAAUCAUGACAACAUAUAAUGUUUAGAACUUUGGAGUUUAACAAUCUGUAAUUUGCAUUAAGUAUUUUUCCAGCCAAUUAAAAGUAACAAAGAGAAAAGUACCUAUAAUAAAGUAACACAGUAAGUAAAAAGUUACAAGAUAUAACAGUAAGUAAAAAGUUACAAGAUAUAACAGACAAUAAGAUUCAUAUAGGCUUUAGUGGGAAAGGAGGGGAAAAAUUAAAAAUAAAAAAGAUUUAUAUGAAAAGUAAAAUGAGUAUUUUUUUUUAAGAUUUUAUUUAUUUAUUUGACAGAGAGAGAUCCUAAGUAGGCAGAGAGGCAGGCAAAGAGAGAGAGAAGAAAGCAGGCUCCCUGCUGAGCAGAGAGCCCGAUGCGGGGCUUGAUCCCAGGACCCUGGGAUCAUGACCUGAGCCGAAGGCAGAGGCUUUAACCCAGUGAGCCACCCAGGUGCCCUAAAAUGAGUAUUUUUAAACAAUCCUCAUAGACGCUACAAUGGACAGUUUAAGGAUAAGAGAUAAUAAUAUCAUGAUAUUUGGAUCACAGUAACAAACACUAGCUAUCAGCUUUGAAUAAGUCCUGAAACCAACUAGUUUUAUUUUUAAAUGUUUACUACAUGUUGAAUUCUGAGGGAAAAUAAACUUCUCAGAAGCUCUGGCAGAGGAGGGUGAUAAUAUCUCAAAGCAGAAACUAGUACUCCUGCUUACUGCAGAGUCUCUUUCCUUAGAAAUGGAAGCCAGUUCAUCUGUGUGUAAAUGCUUGCUUUGUUGGCAUCCUGGGGAGCAGGAUGUGCCCAACAGGAGGCUGGCUGUCCUUUCCCAGGCUAUUCCCUGUGUCAGGUAUGUCUGUCCCCUCAGCCCCUCACCUCCUCUCCUCAAGCCUUCUCCAGCCUCCCUUGAGGCCUACCAGCUUUUCAAGCUUUUGGCAGCCACAGAGAUGUUUUCCCUCCCUGACCUCCUUAGGUUCUUAAUGUCUUUAUCCAAAUCCUAAUACAGGCCCUUUCAAGUGCAUGUUCGUAAACUUCUUCAAGGCAGGACAGUCUUUGAAUACGUGCCUCUGUUAGACGCACUCAAUAAACACAUGGUGCUUGACAAA